GGGGAGGAGGAGGAGGAGGACAAAACUUUUCUCUCUUUUGUUGUGCUAUUUAUUUCAUGAAAGGGAGGAGAGAAAGGAAAAAAAAUAGCCGUGUUGAGUUUUUUUUUUCCCCCUAUCUUUUAGAGAACCGGGUUGGAUUUCUGCGGAGUCCCAGACGGAGAGUCGGACGGUUAGGAGCUGAAGGCAGCCAUAAUUUCCUCACAUCUGCCGUCAGCAGAGAGAAGAAGAAGAAGAAACUGCAACAGAUUUGCAUAGAGAACAGCAGAGGGACACAGCGAUGGAGGGAAGCCUGUAGUUUGAACACAGCCCCGGGGUAAAGCGAGAGGAAACCGGUUCUCCCUGGCAGCCCGCGGGUUGAAUGGUGGACUGUUUGUCCUGCCCGGUGUAGACACACACAGAGCCGAAGUUUCUGCCCAACAACCCAACGCAGGCUGGUCGCCACCACUCCUGCACUGAUGGACCUAAGAUAACGAGAGCUGAAGAAGGUCUACCCUCAUCCUGAACUUCAGCUGGCCUCCAAAGCCUCCAACGUUCGACCAGAAUGGCUGAUCCCACUGGGCUGAGCCCUGAAGGCGGGGGGGCAGGCGUGCCCGAGGUCGACGCCUGUAGUUUGGAAAUCGAGAGAACAUAUGAUAUCAUCCCCACCAUCAUCUGCUCCAUGUGCUGCCUUUUUGGCAUCAUCUACUGUUUCUUUGGCUACCGCUGUUUCAAGGCUGUCAUGUUCCUGUCGGGUCUCAUGUUCGGCUCGGUCAUCAUCUUCCUGCUGUGCCACAAGGAGCACGUUCUGGACACUCAGCUGAGCGUGGAGGCCAGCGCAGGCAUCGGCCUGGGCAUCGGCCUCCUGUGCGGCCUGGUCACCAUGCUGGUGCGAAGCGUGGGCCUCUUCAUGACGGGCCUGCUGCUGGGACUCCUGCUGGCUCUCGCCGCCCUGCUGGUCACUCACCAGUUCUACACGCCGACCACGGUCUGGGUGCCUUUGGGCACCCUCCUGGGGACGGGCAUGCUGUUCGCCGUGCUGACGCUGCAGUGGCAGAAGCUCUUCACGAUGCUGUCCACGGCUGUGUUCGGAGCGGCCAUCAUGACCGUGUGCGCCGAUUACUUUGUGGAGAUGCUGGCUCUCGCCAACCACGUGUAUGACUGCUUGCGCCUGACGCCCGGGCCGGCGCUGUGCUGGUACAGCUGGGUCAUUCUGGGCAUCUGGCCUGCUCUCAGCCUCAUAGGAGUACUGAUCCAGUGGAAACUGACGGAUGGCAGCUUCUCACACACUGAGGUUGUCAUCAGUCGGAGACAGAAGCGGGUCCAGCUGAUGCGGAUUCGAGAGAAGGACGCCAAGAAGCGACAGCAGGCAGGUGGGCAGGAAGGCACAUACCGCCGUAAACCCACCCCAGUGAAACGUUACGCUGGGGAUCUACUGGCACCGAGCUACCUACAAAGUCUGCGAGACCGGCAGAUGGGAACAGGCACUUCCCUUAGCAGCCUCGGCACCACCAACCAGACCAUGAUCGACAUGGACUGUGAGACCGGCUCCACGGUUCCCCUCACAGCCACGACUCCGGUCGUCAGGGUCUGAGCACGGCACAGAGACGAGGAAGGACUUCCUGAUUCCUGACUGCCCUGAUAGGGCCCAGCGUGUGAACUGCUCUAGUGUCUUAAAGUUUUAUUGCUGUGAAGUAGAUCUGGUAGUGAGUAUUUUUUUUUUUUUUUCUGUUCCUUUUUUACUUGGUGAGUCCUGUGUGUCAAACAAAAUGCCACUAACUGGUGUAACAAGCAUCAAACCCUAGUUUGAUGCUGUUGGAACCACUGUGUGUUUCUCAGAGAAACAGCAUCAAACAGAUACUAAUAGAAAAAUGUCUCCCACUCCACCUUAUUGUGUAUUUGAAAGAUAGCAACAACAGGAAGCCUCAGAAACAUAGUCAUUGCCGUGUAGAGUUUUAGUAUUACAUGUCUUACAUGCUAAUUGAGUGGUUGUAGGAUUUUAUGAAGUAACGUGUUUGAUUUUGUGUUUUUUUUUUUUUUUUUUACUUUAAAGAUGUACCCAUCAGACUUUUUCCUUUCCUGAUAUCUGAAUGUCAUUGAGGUCUGACCCACCGGUUUGUAUUAGUUUUUUAGUAUCUGUUACUCAUUAAAGAGACAAAAUAGGUUAGAGGUUCCCUAAAAGAGAUUACAGAUUUGGAUUUAACAGAAAAUUAAGAAAACUACUAAACAUCCCCCAUUUGUCUGAACGAAAAAGGACAUCAAGGUUGUUUCAUUUAGCACCAACAGUGUGUUCAGUUUUUGUCCUCUUAAGAAACUAUAACAUUUUACCGUCCUACCUGCCUUUCACAGAUCAGAACUGAUCCAUGGAAAAUUGGAAGUUUCAGGUAAUUUACUGGAGCCCCGUUUGUAAUUUAGAUGAUCUUUAAGCAGUAAACAUAUGUGCCAUCCAGCAAAGAGAUCUUAUUGGAAUGGGUUCUCCUUUCCUGGUGCUAUUUCUUAGUUUUCAGCAUUUAUCAUAUUGUAAACAGCAAAAAAUCAGAUGUCUCAUUAUUUGAUUAUAUUUUCAUAGCUGGGCAAGGAAAAAGUGGCUGAUUUUGAUCUUGGACAAUUUGCAGAAAAAAAGUCCUGAUAAUCGAUCCAACAAAAACAUUUUCACGAAUUUCCCUUUUCCCUCAGACAUUUUCUACGCUGUUGCCCCUAAAGCUGGAAUUGUUUCAUUUUCAGACACUUUCCUUAUUUAUUUUUGGUUUAAUACUGUGAAAAUUUAGAAAACAUUGGUCAACAAAGUUUUGAGAAGUAUACAUCGCAUCGUCAUAAUCUUCUCGUGAGAAGGUAAAGAACAUUUCAUUCUAACUUUAAUCUAAGCAUGAUCAUCUGGAAAAUUCAGGUUUUGGUUAUUCAGAAUUUGAUCUGCUGAUUUCUGAUCUUUAGCCAAUUGAUUGAAGCAUCUCUAUUUUUUAUAUGGAGUGUGGAUAAAAGUCAAGAUAUGAUGACAAGUACUUGAUAAGUUCUUUAAGCAAUCUAAAGAACAGAAAAUUUGCUGAUAAACUGUUCUCCAAAGCUUUUUCUGGAUCCUCCAGGAUCUGCUUUAGCAUUAACCUGAGAUCGUUUUUGAUUUUUACGUCAUAGCUCUGGUCAGAAAACAGUCAGUGAAGAAUUUGGGCUAAUGCUUUGUCAACAUAAUUUAUGUGAUAACAUUUUACCAGGUAGUGUUUUUUCUUUUUUUUUUUUUAAAAAACAAGCAUAUUGUUUUUUUUUUUUUUGUUUGUUUUUUUGUUGCCUUUUGUAGUCGUUUUAUGUCGGCAUUCAUUUCUCAUUUGUUUCUGCAAUUUUUCAAAAGCGGCACACUUUGUUGCCUGAAUGUGUAAAUACCUGUUAAUAGAGUUUUCACAGAUUUUAAUAAAAAAAAAAAAAGUUUUUAACUCA